CAAUCUUCACUCUCCCCACUCAUCAAUCAACCUUCAAUCCCGCCUCUGUUUGAUCGCCCAAUUAAAUUCGCCAUGGAUCCCAAUCCCAAAUCCUUCCCGAUUCUCUACUACGUCAUGCAGCGCCUGCCGUCGAUCAGCCCCAAAGCUCCUGCUGCUCCUCCUCCUCCGAUCGUCGCCUUCGACGUCGAGCAACCGCCGCCCCGCUCUCCCUCCGAUCCUUCCUCCUCCUCUUCCCCUUCCUCGUCGCCCUCCGGCCAGACUCGCCUCCUCUCCGCGAUGCCCAAUCUCAAAGUGCAGGUAAUUGCAUCGCUAUAGGAAGAUGACGUCGACGGGUGCAGGUCUAGUGGUGCCGCCGCAGGAGAAUAAAGUCCCCCAAAGUGCCGGUAGUUGCGUCGGGAAGAUAACGUCGACGGGUGCAGGUCCGCCUAUUUUUAUUUUUUAAUUAGUAAAUAAUUAAAUCAUGUAAUUACUUUACUAAAUGAGAUGAAUUAGAGCCCUUGGAUUUUAAUGAGGUUGAGUGGCUGAGAUUCACUUAGCCAUGUGACUAAGGGGACCCCCCUUAGUCACCUGAUCUUGGCCCCUCGUAUGGAGUGUAGUAUGGUUGUACGUAGAGCCCAAUGUGGCAUUUAAGGCCCACCGCCCAUGAAGUCCAUGAGCAUUAGGAGUGUGGAACGUAGAAUCCUAAUGGCUCUAGGGUUCGGCCAAGCUUGUAGUAUAUGAGUAGCAGAUAGCAGUCAUUGUACGAUGAACACAAUUAUCACCAGUAAAACUGCAGCCGAGGAGUCUUCAAGCUCCUCCGUGGAUUCGUCUUGGUUUAUGACACGCCAAAACACAACACCAAUCUGCGACCAAGUAUAAUCGCAGACCGGGAAUGCAGUAACAGGCAAGUUAUAUUAUCAACCCGGGGUCUAGAUCUACUGCUUACUCAGUGAUUCUCUAUUAUCUAGCCAACUAAAGUAAGUGAUUGUUGUUUAAAAGCAAAAGCAGAAAUAAAGCAGGAAAUUAUUCGGUUUUCUCAAGCAGGUAAGAGUCACUCGGGAAUGAGUCCCCCUAGCUCCUUAGUUAGGUUUCAAUUGUAUUUCCCUGGGUUGAUUUACUGUUGAUUAAACUGCGGAAGAUCCGACAGUAGCUUGGAAUCUCUUAAGCUGACCAAGCCCUCUCAGUCUAACUACCCGGCAGACGACUAGUCUUCACCGGGAUAGAAAGCUGAAGCAGUAAGAACAGAACUCCACUACUGGAAUUGGAUUCCAGUACAGAGCACUAAACUGGCUAACUCUCGUAUAGCCAAUCUCCUACUAUCGAAUGAUGAGACUCUAGCAACCUAAUCAGAUUCUAUCUAUCUCAGAUUGCAGCAGGAAUCAGGAAAAGUUGAUCAGACUUCAAUUGACUCAAUAAACAUGCAUCAUUCGAUUAAAAUCAAACAGUAAUCUCAUCCCAAGUCAUUACAAUCAAUCCCUAACACAUAGAACUAGGGUUCUUCAUCCCCAAGUGAGAGAGGGGUUCUACUCCAUAGAGAGAGAGAGAGGAAAACAGUAAUCGGAGUAGUCAUACUCAUAAAGAUGAGGAAAAUCUGCUCCGGGAUGAUGAUUUCCACUCCUAGGACAAUCUCCAAGCUCGAUUCGAUGAAACCCAGCUCCAAGAUAGCUUCUAGGAUGAGUUCUUCGUACUUUCUCUCUCUAGGGCUCUGUUUUUGCUCAAAAAGUCCGAUCCUCCCACUUUUGGCUCGAAAUUGGCUCAAAAACCAGAAUUUCCCGACUCACACGGGCAGGCCACACGGCCGUGUGGCUCACCACUUUGCCCGUGCGAGUCGAAACGCAGCGUAUGGAUUAGUUCGGUCUUCAGCCAUCUCACACGGCCAGGGUGGCACGGCCGUGUGGAUUUCAUGGGUUGCCCGUGUGUGGCCUCGGCAAAAAUCACACGGCCACUUUGCUCACUUGCACGGCCGUGUGAUGCCCUGGUCUGCCCGUGAGGCUUCCUUGAAACCUCGCCAUUCGUCCGAUCUUCGUCCAAUCGACCCCAGACUCGCUCCCAAGCCUCCAUUCACGUACUAGGACCUGAAAUAUCACAAACAAGCACAACCUAGCGUGAAAUCGGCCUAAAACACGAGAAUCAACACCUCAAACGGUGUAAGAACGGGGGUGAAAACAUGUGUAAUUAACGGUCUAUCAAACUCCCCCACACUUAACCAUUUGCUUGUCCCCAAGCAAACCAAGUCAGACACCAGGUAAGCUUACAAAUUUCAAUCAACCAACAUUGGGGACAAGUCAUAAAGGCACAGAACACGU